AUGAGGCGUAGAGGCGGACCAAGAGGGCGUAAAGAAUUAUUCAACUUCCGGCAUUCAAGUCUGUGUAAUGUGAUUGAGCGUUGCUUCGGAGUUUUAAAGGCAAGGUUUCCGAUUCUAAAGUUCAUGCGGUCGUAUAGCUUGAGGAAGCAAACAAGUAUUGUCAUUGCUUAUUGCGCCUUACAUAAUUUCAUCAAGAUUCAUGCCGAAGAUGAUAAACUAUUUCAUGAAUAUGAAAAUUAUGAAGAUGAAGAAGGUUCGACUUUUGGGGUUGAAUUACCACUCACUGAGUUCAACGUCAGCUAUGCAGCAACACGUGAGAUGACCGAGAAGCGUGAUGCCAUUGCUAACCAGUUAUGGAGUGAUAAUCAUGUUUAG